CGAGCCGCCGCCCCUCCGCCCGCCCCGAGGCGCCCCGCGGGCACCAUGCAGGCGCAGCAGCUGCCCUACGAGUUCUUCAGCGAGGAGAACGCGCCCAAGUGGAGGGGGCUUCUGGUGCCUGCGCUGAAAAAGGUCCAGGGGCAAGUUCACCCUACUCUUGAGUCUGAUGAUGACGCUCUCCAGUAUGUUGAAGAGUUAAUUUUGCAGUUACUAAACAUGCUAUGCCAGGCUCAGCCCCGGAGUGCUUCAGACGUGGAGGAACGUGUUCAAAAAAGUUUCCCUCAUCCAAUUGAUAAGUGGGCAAUAGCUGAUGCCCAAUCAGCUAUUGAAAAGAGGAAGAGAAGGAACCCUUUAUCCCUGCCAGCAGAAAGAAUCCAUCAUUUAUUAAGGGAGGUCCUAGGUUAUAAAAUUGACCACCAGGUUUCUGUUUACAUAGUAGCAGUAUUAGAAUACAUUUCUGCAGAUAUUUUAAAACUGGUGGGGAAUUAUGUAAGAAAUAUACGGCAUUAUGAAAUUACAAAACAAGACAUUAAAGUGGCAAUGUGUGCUGAUAAGGUACUGAUGGAUAUGUUUCAUCAAGAUGUAGAAGAUAUAAAUAUUUUAUCUCUAACUGAUGAAGAGCCUUCCACUUCAGGAGAGCAAACUUACUAUGAUUUGGUAAAAGCAUUCAUGGCAGAAAUUCGACAAUAUAUAAGAGAAUUAAAUCUAAUUAUAAAAGUUUUUCGAGAACCCUUUGUCUCUAAUUCCAAAUUGUUUUCAUCUUAUGAUGUAGAAAAUAUAUUUAGUCGUAUAGUAGAUAUACAUGAACUUAGUGUAAAGUUACUGGGCCAUAUAGAAGACACUGUAGAAAUGACAGAUGAAGGCAGUCCUCACCCUUUAGUAGGAAGCUGUUUUGAAGACUUAGCAGAAGAACUGGCAUUUGACCCAUACGAAUCAUAUGCUCGGGAUAUUUUACGGCCUGGAUUCCAUGACCGUUUCCUUAGUCAGUUAUCAAAGCCAGGGGCAGCACUUUAUUUGCAGUCAAUAGGUGAAGGCUUCAAAGAAGCCGUUCAGUAUGUGUUGCCCCGGCUGCUGCUUGCUCCUGUGUACCACUGUCUGCAUUACUUUGAACUUCUGAAGCAGUUAGAAGAAAAGAGUGAAGACCAAGAAGACAAGGAGUGUGUGAAGCAAGCGAUAACAGCCCUGCUUAAUGUCCAAAGUGGCAUAGAAAAAAUUUGUUCCAAAAGUCUUGCAAAACGGAGACUGAGUGAGUCUGCUUGUCGGUUUUAUAGCCAGCAAAUGAAGGGGAAACAACUAGCAAUCAAGAAAAUGAACGAGAUUCAGAAGAAUAUUGAUGGUUGGGAGGGGAAAGACAUUGGACAGUGUUGCAAUGAGUUCAUAAUGGAAGGAACUCUUACACGUGUGGGAGCCAAACAUGAGAGACACAUAUUUCUCUUCGAUGGCUUAAUGAUUUGCUGUAAAUCAAAUCAUGGGCAGCCAAGACUUCCUGGUGCUAGCAAUGCAGAAUAUCGUCUUAAGGAAAAGUUUUUUAUGCGAAAGGUACAAAUUAAUGAUAAAGAUGACACCAGUGAAUACAAGCAUGCUUUUGAAAUAAUUCUGAAAGAUGGAAAUAGUGUUAUAUUUUCUGCCAAGUCAGCUGAAGAGAAAAACAACUGGAUGGCAGCACUGAUAUCUUUGCAGUACCGGAGUACCCUGGAGAGAAUGCUCGACGUAACAAUGCUGCAGGAAGAGAAGGAAGAGCAGAUGAGACUGCCGAGUGCAGAUGUGUACAGGUUUGCGGAGCCCGACUCUGAGGAGAACAUUCUAUUUGAAGAGAACGUGCAGCCCAAGGCUGGGAUUCCAAUUAUCAAAGCAGGAACUGUGAUUAAGUUGAUUGAGAGGCUUACGUACCAUAUGUAUGCAGAUCCCAAUUUUGUUCGGACAUUUCUUACAACAUACAGAUCCUUUUGCAAACCUCAAGAACUACUGAGUCUUAUAAUAGAAAGAUUUGAAAUUCCAGAGCCUGAGCCAACAGAAGCUGACCGCAUAGCUAUAGAGAAUGGAGACCAGCCCCUGAGUGCAGAGCUGAAAAGGUUUAGGAAGGAAUACAUUCAGCCUGUACAGUUGCGAGUGUUAAAUGUGUGUCGGCACUGGGUAGAGCACCACUUCUAUGACUUUGAAAGAGAUGCAGAUCUUUUACAAAGAAUGGAAGAAUUUAUUGGAACAGUAAGAGGUAAAGCAAUGAAAAAAUGGGUCGAAUCCAUCACUAAGAUAAUCCAAAGGAAAAAAAUUGCAAGAGACAAUGGCCCAGGUCAUAAUAUUACAUUUCAGAGCUCACCUCCCACAGUUGAGUGGCACAUAAGCAGACCUGGGCAUAUAGAGACUUUUGACUUGCUCACCUUACACCCAAUAGAAAUUGCUCGACAACUCACUUUACUUGAAUCAGAUUUAUACCGAGCUGUACAGCCAUCAGAAUUAGUUGGAAGUGUGUGGACAAAGGAAGAUAAAGAAAUUAAUUCUCCCAACCUUCUGAAGAUGAUUCGACACACCACUAACCUCACUCUAUGGUUCGAAAAAUGUAUUGUAGAAACAGAAAACUUAGAAGAAAGAGUAGCUGUGGUGAGUCGAAUAAUUGAGAUUCUGCAAGUCUUUCAAGAGCUGAACAACUUCAAUGGUGUCCUUGAAGUUGUCAGUGCUAUGAACUCAUCUCCCGUUUACAGACUAGACCACACAUUUGAGCAAAUACCAAGUAGACAAAAGAAAAUUUUAGAAGAAGCUCAUGAAUUGAGUGAAGAUCACUAUAAGAAAUAUUUGGCAAAACUCAGGUCUAUUAAUCCACCAUGUGUGCCUUUCUUUGGAAUUUAUCUCACUAAUAUCUUAAAAACAGAAGAAGGCAACCCUGAAGUCCUAAAAAGACAUGGAAAAGAGCUCAUCAACUUCAGCAAAAGGAGGAAAGUGGCUGAGAUAACAGGAGAGAUCCAGCAGUACCAAAACCAGCCUUACUGCUUACGGGUAGAGUCAGAUAUCAAGAGGUUCUUUGAAAACUUGAAUCCAAUGGGAAAUAGCAUGGAGAAAGAAUUCACAGACUAUCUUUUCAACAAAUCCCUAGAAAUAGAACCACGGAACCCUAAGCCUCUUCCAAGAUUUCCAAAAAAAUACAGCUAUCCCCUAAAAUCUCCUGGUGUUCGUCCGUCCAACCCAAGACCAGGAACCAUGAGACACCCCACCCCUCUGCAGCAGGAGCCAAGAAAAAUCAGUUACAGUAGGAUCCCUGAAAGUGAGACAGAAAGUGCAGCAUCUGCACCUAAUUCUCCAAGAACACCGCUGACACCUCCUCCUGCAUCCGGGGCUUCCAGCACCACAGACGUUUGCAGUGUGUUUGACUCUGACCAUUCAGCAAGCCCUUUCCACUCAAGAUCUGCUUCUGUCUCAUCUAUAAGUUUAGCCAAGGGCACUGAUGAAGUGCCUGUGCCCCCUCCUGUCCCUCCUCGAAGACGGCCAGAGUCUGCCCCAGCGGAAUCCUCCCCAUCCAAGAUCAUGUCUAAGCACUUGGACAGCCCCCCGGCUAUUCCUCCCAGGCAGCCCACAUCAAAAGCCUAUUCUCCACGAUACUCAGUAUCAGAUCGGACCUCUGUAUCAGACCCUCCUGACAGCCCUCCCUUGUUACCACCCCGAGAACCUGUGAGGACGCCUGAUGUUUUCUCGAGCUCGCCAUUACAUCUCCAGCCUCCCCCUUUGGGCAAAAAGGGUGAUCAUGGCAACGCCUUCUUCCCAAACAGCCCUUCCCCUUUCACACCUCCACCUCCCCAAACCCCUUCUCCCCAUGGCACGAGAAGGCAUCUGCCAUCACCACCACUGACGCAGGAAGUGGACCUUCAUUCCAUUGCUGGGCCUCCUGUUCCUCCGCGACAAAGCACUUCUCAACUUAUCCCUAAACUCCCUCCAAAAACUUACAAAAGGGAGCACACACACCCACCCCUGCACAGAGACGGGCCGCCACUGUUGGAGAAUGCCCAUUCUUCCUGAGCUCCUCUAGCCUGGGAUGCAGGUUCCUAGCCCCGAAUCCAUUGCUGGCGAUGGAUGCACUGAACACGCCAGCACUGAGGAGUUAAAACGAGAGCUCCAAACACUAAUGACUCUACUUCGAGAUGUAUUAUAAGACAAUGAGUUUUAAUCUACACGUAAUUGCAAAGUAAGAUGGUAUUCCAGCUUAGAAUGUGGAGACUGAUCUAGAGGAACUGAAUAACUGACUGCACUUGGAAAUCAUGUGAGGGACUUUUCUGGCCAAUAGGCAAGAGCCCUCAUUUUGUGAAGUGAUCUUUAUCAUUAAAGGGAUGGAAAACAGUCUAAUGUCCAACAGGCCCAUGUGUUGACAGUUUUUGUAAUUCAAAAUAUUAUGCACUUUUUAAAAAAAUCUUAAACAGGGAUCUUACUCUCUUCCUUUGUUUUCUUUUGCUUUACUCUUCUACUUUAGAAUAUUUUCGUAAAAGUCAUUCAGAGGACUGUGAGGAAAGGCUGUGGUACCUGACCUUGUUGAAAUCAAGGCCCAGCACUGUAUACACUACAGUCCUGUUUACAGAUUAUUACAUUGAAUUGAAUGGGUACCGAGGCUUCACCAAAGAGGUACUUUUUGUUACUGUUAUUGUUUUAAUAAUUAUACCAAUUUAAAGAACAUUCCCUACCUAUCUCCACUCACAAACAAAAUGUGGUGGUGUUGCCUUCAAACAAGAAAUUUCAUAUGUCAUUAACGUGAUGGAAGAAGAACUUUUUAAAAAUGUAACUGUCAAGUAUACUAUUUACACUUAGGAGACUGUUAAUCUAUGCUAGACUGUCAUCCCCCACCCCUCUGUCCCUCAGAAGUUUACCGGUAAUGUAUGUCCUGGCUCGUGGCUGUCCCUCUAACCAACCAUACUACAGAAAUGCAGGCACCCAAUGUGAAAACAAAGCACUCUCUGGGCCUCACCGACACCGUUCAUGUUUUACUAAUGGUUGAGUAGUUAGCACACCUAGAAUUGCCUUGCAUUGGCGAAAUCAUGUGUAUAUAGUGAAUGUUAUAUAAUAUACCUGACAGGUCUGUUUUUAUUUAAUUGAAUAAAGAUAAACUACUUUGUUUGGCUGGCAUAUAUUAAAUUAUUAUAUGGAGAAAAUGUUUGGUUCUUAUUUCUUUCGGUUGAAAAGCAUACACUAAGUAAAAGCACAUGUGAUGGUACGCCUGGGUGUC